AUGCGUUAUGUGAAAUGUCUCGUCGGUUCUGUCAAUUUUACCGCCCUGGCAAAUUAUAUAUUCGGAAGUGCAGUCUCGGCCGAUGACGAUUCAAAUAAUCAUUUCGGGCACAUGUACAAAUGGAAGAAUCUGCAGGAGGGCUUCCGAGAGGCCAAGGUCUGCAGGAAACCGAUAUUUCUCCUAAUCCACAAACCGGGUUGUCCCACCUGCGAGAAACUCAAGCCUAAAUUCAUCAACUCCAUCAGACUCCUCGAUCUCAGCAAACACUUUGUCAUGGUGAAUGCGAGAAAAGGCGAGAUGUCCGCGCAAGACGAAGCGAGAUUUCAACCGGACGGAACGUACGUUCCGAGAAUUCUCUUCUUCACUCCGGACGGCGAAUUUAUGGAAGAUGUUUAUAAUCGUCAUCCGAAAGCCGACAACAAAUAUAAAUAUUUCUACAGCAGGACGAGCCAAAUAAUAGAUAGCAUGUUUUUGGCAUUGGAACGAUGCUCCGAUAAAUGUAGUUGGAACUCUUGA